AUGGCUACUGUCCCAGAUGAAAUACCAAGGCCAGGCGAUGAUAUUGACCGGUUGGCUCUGCGAAUCAGCCUGGCUGAUAUCGAUGAACAGUUCGAAAAGAUUCUCCAAAAAUCCUUGGUUUUUAUCCUUAAGUACUUGUCCAAGUAUGAAGACCAUCGCAAAAAGCUCAUGGAACUUCUGGGAGAUGUGACCAGGAGACUUAAAUGUAGACCCAAUAUCCAAGUUCCUGUGCAUGAGUUGUUCCUUAGCUACAAUGAUCCUUUAAAUUCCGUAUUUCUGGUUAACUUUUCCCACAUGUACAUACGACUUGGCUUCCCUCGCCUUCCUCUUCAGCAGAAGAUUAAGCUUCUUCCUGUAUUAUUUGCAUCACUUUCUGAUGAGAAACCAGUUUGUCAGCGGGAUGGUUUACUUCAUCUGACGCUUCCAGUUGUCGAAAGCCUUACUAACGAACUGGCUCCUCGAGACCUUUGUUUCAACGAACUUCCAUAUCAGAGACGUUACAUAUCGGACUUCUUCUCCCUAGUGAUGCUCCUUCCAUAUAAUUUCCAAAGGCUGAUUAGGUCAGAUAGGAACGAUCCGACGCUGCCUGAUGGUUACAACUCGUACGAUCUAGGAAGAGUGUUACACGACCGUUUUACCUGUAUAACAUCUGCCGAAGAUCUCGAAAAGUUCAAAGUGGGAAUCGUAACUUUUUACACUCGCCAUUUUUUCCCUGCUGAGGAGAGCAUAAUACCAGUCCUUUUUGGUUAUGGCGAUAGUCGUCACUCAGUAGUCUCCGUUGCUGCAAAGGAACUAAGAACGCUAAGUAUUCUUGUCGAUUGGGAAGACGAGUCACUACUGAACCGACUUUUGGCUUGGUAUCUCGGUCGUCGUCGGGAAUUCGAUCCGAAAGGGCGUAAUGAAGCUCGACGUCCUCUUAGACCUUUGGCCUCCAGCUUGGUUGAAGCUGCUAUGCUCGCUCUAGAACCGAACUCUUCGUCGCAGUCUAAUAUACUUCCAAACUCUGGGCAGAGGGGACCACCCAAUUGCAUUCACACCCCUAUUGAAAAUGGGCCUGCUUCAGAUGCAGAUUCUGGAACUCAACUUCAAACUUCCGGCAGGACUCAAACGGAGGAGUCAGUACCUGCUAAUACACCCACAAAUGCUCUCGGUCCCUGCUCUUCAAAUUCAGUCAUUCAACAGCGUCGCUUGGCUGAACAUGGGUUGGAUCUGUUAUCACAUCUUAUUAAUAAUGUUACAACUCUAACUGGGUCAGCAUCGAUCGCCGCUCUUCGAUGCCUUAUCAAUUUUGUUUAUGAGCGUACGGCUGAUGAGCUAAUCUACGUACGCGCUAGGGGGUUUGAGAUACUCUCUCGUUUUCUGGCACGUGAUCCAAAUUACAUACUUAAAGAUCCAGCUCAGUUACCUCGGUUGUUUGAUGUCCUAUCCGAAGAUAAUCCUGCUGAAUUAAAACUUGCUGCUGCACAUUGUUUGAGAAGAUUGGCGGUUUCCUUACAUGGUGCACAGAAACAAAAUUACUCAGCAAUUCGAGGGCAGUUAGUGAAAUUGGAACGUCUGUUGUACGAAAAUAUUGAAAAGCCGGACCCUUUGAGUCGUUUGGUGGCGGUCAACUUUGCCGGUUUAAUAUAUCCAUCAGACCAUAUCCCUACGAGAUAUCUAAUACUUCAGGCACUCGGUGACAAAGAUCCUCGUGUAAGAACUGAAGCUUGCAUGGCUUUCGAGCAAUUCUUGGAUCCUAAUAUUAUUCAUGAUAUAGUCUAUGGACGCGUUAAACUACCGUCAUUUGUUGAAUUUGUCAAUCAUGACACUCAACAUUCUCGUAAAAAUCCCUUCGUUGAAGUGGAACGUCUUAUACCGGUGGUCCAGUUUAUUCGUUUGUGUUUAUUGGCCACCCGCGGUGGACUGACACCUGCACAAGAGGCUGGGCUCACAUAUGAAACAGAAGAAGAAGUACGCUAUUUAAUUAACCAAACUGUUAGAUAUUUUCUGUCAGCUGGUAAUUCAACAACAACUAUCUCUCAAAUUCCUCUUGCAAUGAACAAUGCAUCAGCAACUAACUCUGCCAACUCAACAGCCACACCUGUCUCAACUGGUUCCAAUGUCCCAGUUAUUAAUCCUGAACAGGCAAAGCGCAGUAUUGAUACUUAUUUUCGCCUUAUUCAAGUGGUGAUUUUCACGCGAUCUCAACAUACCAAAGAUUCACCUGAUUUUCCAAACUACUUGGAAGAAGUUCUAGUUGGCAAUACCAAAGAAUUGAUUACAUGCAACAAACAACUUUUUGAUCGCAUGAAUAGUGUACUUUUAGCUACACCCAGAGGAGCAAGUUGUCGUCAUGCCUGUGCUUCUGUUUACAGUGUAGUUGUGAUGGAGACUGAAACACCUGCACAAGCUUUACAGACAGCGAAAGGUAUGCUUGCUGCACUACCUAAUCCCGGGGCUGUUGUUGAUGGCGAAUCAUCUCAUGCAGUGCAAGGCAUGUUCAUGGGUGCAGCUUAUCUUCUUGAACGAUUAUUCACAGCCCAUGUUGUACCGCUGAAUUCUUCUGAACAAACUAAGAAGGGGAAAAAAGAAAAACAACAAAGUCAAAAGAAUCUUCAAACAGAUAUUAUUCAAACUAUAGAGGAACUGCUAAGCUUAAUGGAUGCCUUCUUGGUGAAACCUAAUCAGCUUGUUGAUAGUUUGAAAACCAACACGAAAAAUACUCUUGCCAAUGAUGGAUUUUGUUAUGUGAAUUCCAGUGUAGCACAAGCCACAGUAGUUGCCUUGCUUGAGGCACUUGUCGUCAUUGGUAGAGCUGGUUGUUUAUCUCAUCUACCAGUUGGUACACUACCUAUUACAGGAAACAACACAUCAGUUUCACUAUUAACUUCUAAAGCUGCGUUCGUUCAUCGUAUUGUAUCAUAUCUUCCCACUUCAAGUGAAGAACGUUCUUCAUCUGUCAGAUAUCCACGAGUUUCUCAGGCUGCUCUUCGUACGUUGGCGGCUAUUUGUAUGGGUGAAGGCUAUCAAACAACCAAAGAUGAAGUAUCAAAUUCUUCUGGAAAUAAGUCUGUAGAAAAUUUAAGGCCUAAUUGUCAUCCUCAUACAAUACCUAUAAUGAAGGUUAUGGUUGAAACGGCUGAGAUUAAUGAUUCAAGUCUUCAUCUUGCUGUGGGUACUGCUUUAGCUGACUGCAUUCUCGGUCCAAUAUCACCAUAUAGAUUUCAUUGGUAUGAAAGAAAUUAUCCUCUUAUCAUCCCAACAGAUGCCUUAAAUGUUGCUGUUACUGGACCUGUUGGUCAGUGGCUAGCGGAACAACUACGAUCAUUACUCACUCGCCGUCCAGGACAAGUGCAAACAAGACCAGUAACCAUAGCCGCAACUCUUUGGAUCCUCAACUUAGUACGGCGUUUGGGUCCACUACCGAAAUCUUUACUUUCCUAUCAGCUGCUGAUUGAUCUUUUGGAUGAAAAAGAUGAGUCCGUACAGUGUGUUGCUGUUGCUACUUUGGGUUUAAUAUACGAUAGAAGUUCGGAAGAAGAACGUUCAGAACUUAUAGCGAGUCUAACAAAAGCUGUUGGAAAUGAUAAAAGUAAUAUUGGGCGUCCAGAUUUGGCCCUAUCACUGAUUGUAUUGGCAAUCGCCCUUCCGUCAGCAACGCGCAGCAAUAGUACUUCUGCUAAUGCUCAGUCUGGAAGUUGUUUUUCUAAUAUAGCCUUCAACUUAUCGUCAAGCAUUACUUACUCAAGUUUAGUUCGUCGGCUUGGAAGAUCAUUAGCACCGGCUCUUCCACGUUUGGUGCCUCGAAUAUUUGUUCGUCGUUUUGAUUUCGCCCGACCCAAACUUCGUCAGGCCAUGGAAAAUGUUUGGCUUGGUUUGGUGUUGUAUGCAACUAAUUCAGCUACACCAUAUCUAUCUUCGAACAAUGCAUAUGCUAAUUUGAAUCUGAAUGCUUCAAGUACGACAGGGACGACGACCAGUCCAACUAAUCAAAAUGCUCAGUUGUCUUCUUCACCAGUGCCAAACUCUGUACAUUCUUUGGUCUCUGAAAUGAUUGAAGCACAUUUUAACGCAAUUGUAUGUGAGAUUAAAACUCAACUUGGAUUCAAUACACUGAGCUUUCAUGCAACACAAUUGAGUCCCAACUCCCCUCAGUCAUCAGCGAAUGCAUCCGGCACUUCUGGAGCAGCAGUCAAAGCUACAUCGAAUACUAAUUCACCAGGUUGUGGCACCGGUACACAGAAUAUGCAAUUAAGAGAUGCCUGUUGCUUGGCUAUCACUAGUUUAGCUACACAUCCUUCUGCUGAUAAACGUCUUGCUGGACAUUUACCAGCUCUGUUAUCUGGACUUCUUAGCUUGUGCGAUGAGUCUGAAUCAAGUGACGUGUUUGAAAAUGAUAAUUCAGGUGUUACAACUCCCGCUGAAGAAGCUGCUAUCACAGUACAAAAGCUUGUUAUACGCGUUCUGGAGAAUCCAUGUUCCCGUGAAGCCGCUACCGGACUCUUACCUGGUUUGCUACCGGUGAUUAUUGAACGUGCUCCUUGGUCGCUUAGUGCAGAAACAGCUUCAAAUAAAAGUGGACGUCAACCACCUAGUGAAUUACGACGUUUAGCACUUGAACUUCUUUUAGCGGCUGCCCGUACAGCACGUCCUUCUGCAUUACGUCCUGCUCUUCCACAGUUGGUAUUGUCUGGACUCCAAGCUAUGUCAUCUAUACAUCCAUCGGUUGUUGCUAAUCUAAUGAGACAGCCUAUUCAUCACUUACAUUUGUAUUCACAGGCUACUCCUAACUCGUUAAAUAUUGCUACAUCAUCGUCAGGAUUGAGUACUUCAUCCGCUCAAACUAAUCUAUCCACACAGCAUCCUGUACUGAACACAACCUCAACGUGCAAAGAAGUUCAAAUGGCCGAAGUUCUAAGAUUGUGUGUUCGCCUUCUUGAUGACAUUUGUUUGUCGCGUCUCAUUGUACCCUUCACGGAACUCAUAAAAGCUGGUGGUGGUUCUUCAACUGCAUCAAUAAGUGGUAGCAGCGCUACUGGAGGCAGUCGAGGUACUGGAGCUAGUGGCUCAGCUUCUAUUGCAACUGCAGCAUGCGUGUUCAUUAAUCAUUUGGCUGUAGCGAAUACAAACGCUUUGGCUGUGUCUUCUAAAACGACUACUUGUUUGAGAUGUGCUGCUUCCAGAUCACAGCCUACCACAAAUGGUGUAGAUAAUCCACCUGGGUCUCCCAUUCAUAAAACGUAUAAUUCACCACCUGGUUCAUCUCAUUCAUCUCCAUCUUCUUUUUAUGGCGUGUCACCUCCAACUCCUCCAUCUGGUUCUGCUUAUGAGGUUAGCCCUCAUUCUGUGAGCUCCGGUGCAAUAGACUUGCCUACCUCUGGAAAUAGAUCUCGUGCAAUGCUUCAUGGUCAAAAGCACACUUCAAUCACAAAUGGAGCUUCCGGUACAGCUGAUGGAACUGGUUCGUGUCCUUCUAACCAAGUAAAUCCUGUAUGUUGUAAUGCUACCGGUGGUGGCUUUGCUUCCCUCGCUCCUCAUACUGGAAAACUCUUGGCGGCACUCCUAUCAGCUAUUCCUGGUGCCUGUCGCCAUCCGAACUCCGCUGGAAAGAUAAUUCAAGAAGAAAUGGCUCGAACUCUUGCCAGUCUUUUGCGGUUUGCUAAAGAUACUAGUGUUACAAAGUUUUCAACCGUGUUCGAUCCUGACGGUGGUGUACAUGCUGAUAGUGCUAUAUCAAUAAGUCAUUGGGCAUGUGCUCGUGUCUUACACGCUGUUGCUCAUCAAUGUACUGACUUCUUAUACGCUCAUGCUGGUAUUACUUUACCGUUGAUUUUCUUGAGCAAACAGGUUGAAUCUGAAGCUGAAAAGUUGGCAUCUUUCAAAACAAGUAGCGUUAUGUUUCAUCCAAACAACCGUUCUCCUGAUAUGAAUACUGUCAGUGCCAGUUAUCUUGAAACCAACACAAAUAUAUCUAUUUCUACUAGGGAGAAAACCUUAGUCAAUGCAAAUCAGAAUGAUUCCAAGGUUUACCAACAGUUAUGGCAAGAGUGUUGGGAAGAAUUGAUAUCCCGUCUUCCAUCUACUCCAUGUUCACCUCAAUCUGUAGUGUUUUUGCCUAAUGCAGUAACUCUUGGCUUAAAAUCGCUUCUUCCUUUGUCUAGUGGUUUAGCAAAUAGCUUUCUACGACGACCUCUGUUAGAUCACUGUACACAGUUGCUAUAUGACGCCUUACUUGAGUCACCAAGUUGGACAGUGCACAAUCAGGCUUCAUUCGCUAUUCUCCAACUAGCCACUCGGAUGAUCGGCCAACCGUUUUCUACUACGUGUUCUAAUAAUGGUAUGAAUAAACGCACCAGAUGUUAUGCUCGUCCGUGUCCGAAAGCUAUUCAGCAUUACACUGUCGCUGAAACAUCACCGGGGAAUGUCAAGAAUGCAGAUUCAGUUAAAUCUUCUAAUGGGACACCUGACUCUGAAGGCAAGCAAUGCUCACAUCCGAAUAAGUGUAUUUCAGCAGAUGCUGAUGAGGUUGAAGUGCAGGAGAUUUUAGAGCAACAAAUCCUUGAUUUAGAGGAGAAUGAAGGAAUGACUGAUGAAGAUGAUGAGUUCUCUGAUGAUGAGGAAGACGAAGAUGAGGUAGUAGUGGUGAAGGAAGAGUCUGCGGUUCAUGCAUGGUUUGUUCUUGUUCAAAUAACAUGCACUGCUCUUAACAAAUGUAAACCAUGGCCUGGAAAGGUAUAUUUACUUCGAGCAGCCAGAGCAUUAUCUGAAUUUGCUUUGGAGCAACGGAGUAUUAUUGAAGAGCUGGCAGACCAAGAUGUUAUUCACCAAAUGUGGUGUGCGCUUGAACGCGAAACUCGUCCAAGACGAGCCGAAGGCAUUGGACUGGGAUAUCAAGCUGAAGCGUUCUUAACAUUUGCAUCAUUCAAUGAAGCGUGUUUUCGUAAUGCCAUUACAGUUAAUCAUACCUGCUCAACUACUGAUCGAAACCCAGACGAAAAUGCGACCACGGAAUCCCAUCAUGAAUCUGUUGAUCAUUUAUCGGAAUUAUUUGUGCUUAUCGUUCCACAGUGGUUGAAACGCGGGAAGAAUUCUACACAGAAUAAGAACUCGGAGAAUUUGAGGUUAAACACGAAACUUAAUGAUUUUGAACUGGGACAAGCUGUAAGAGCUGUUGGAAUUAUUUGGCCUCUCAACGUUACGAAAGAAGACUUACCACGUUUCACUGAAAUAAUGACUCUUCUGAAUACUGUGAUGACGCAGAGUGGUAAACUUGUCCAAGUUGCCUGUUUGGCUAGUGCACUAGCUGUCCUUGCAAAGCUUAAUCCUGAACAAAGUGCACAAAUAGUUGAGUCCACCGGGAAAUCAGCUUCUAAAUCAUUCUCUGAAUUAGGCCUCAAAGAACUUUUGGGAAAAGUCAAACGAUCAGCAGAAAAUCAGAAAUCUCAGCUCCUCCGAGAACAUGCUCUGGGAACAAUCGCUGGACUUUUAAGACAUCCAAGCUUUACAAAUUUAUGUCGAGAAUCAAUUCGUCAACUGUUGAUUUCAUUAGCGAACGAUAAAGUUCAAGCUUUACGUGACUGGGCUUCCGAACUGAUCAAAACACUUUAG